AUGGCAGCAUCAAACCCGUUGAAAAUCAUAGACAUAUCGCAAACAGGCCCAUCGACACCAGCAGAGCUACUCGACGCAUUGACGACGCAGGGGUUCGUGUUUGUCGACGGACACGAUUUCACGCAGGAGGAAGUAGAUUCGCUAUUCGACCUCUCGCGGGCCUUUUUCCAGCUUCCAAGCGACUACAAGCAACGUUACUCCAUAGUGGGGAACACGGGGUACAUCACAUUCACCAAGGAGAAUCUCGACCCCGCCAAGAAGGACGACUUCAAAGAAGGGUUGAAUUUGAGCGACCUCGAUCUCGCGACGGGCGAGCUUAACCCGGCGCAGUUGAUCCCAGAUUGGAUCAAAGAUGAUGACGCAAGGUAUGAAUUGAUCAAGUCCAGUAUUCGCAAGUUGAAUCUGUUGAAUUUGAAAUUGCUAGAGAGCAUCGCCGUGGCGUUGGAGAUUGAAGACAGUGGUGAAUGUGCAGGCGCGCAGUGGUUCACGUCGCGGUAUGACCCCAAGUUGAAGUCGGGGUCAACGUUGCGGUUCUUGCAUUAUCCCGUGCUCAACUCCAACAACUCCGAAGGAGAAAUACGCGCGGGGGCCCAUACAGAUUACGGAUCAAUGACGCUUUUAUUUCAGCGGCGAAACCAAGAAGGGCUAGAGAUCUACUCGCCCAUCUCCAAGCGGUGGGAAAAAGUGCCCUAUGUGGAAACUGAAAACACGGGUGCAGCAAUGGCACCCCCGAUAGUGAUGAACAUUGGCGAUUUGCUCAGUUAUUGGACUGCUGGUUUGCUCAAGUCGACCAUCCAUCGAGUCAAGUUUGACGCGAGCGAGCUGCGGAAAGAGGAUCGCUACUCAAUUGUGUUUUUCAGCCAUCCUAGCGAUGAGACCUUGUUGGAGCCGGUGCCGAGUCCGCUCAUACGGGCGAGGGCGCGCUCGGGGCGUGGUGUUACCAAGGAUGAAGCAAAGGGGGAGUUUAUCACUGCGUUGGAGCAUUUGCAGAGGAAAUUGGCCCCCACUUAUCAAUAA